GCGGGAACGUGAAGUCUCCGCAGUGCCUGACGGGCUUGCUCGGAGGAAGGAGGCUGUCUCUGGCUGCUGAAGGGUCCCUCGUUGAGCUGCCGUGGUCUCCGCCGCCCCAUGGCGGCGAUCGGUGUGCACCUGGGCUGCACAUCGGCCUGUGUGGCUGUCUACAAGGAUGGCCGGGCCGAUGUGGUUGCAAAUGAUGCAGGGGAUAGAGUCACACCAGCCAUCGUUGCUUUCUCGGAAAAUGAACAGGUGGUUGGACUGGCAGCAAAACAAAGUAGAAUAAGAAAUAUGUCAAGCACAGUAGUGAAAGUAAAGCAGACCCUUGGCAGAAGCCCUGCCGAUCCACACGCUCAGAAAUACAUCUCAGAAAGUAAAUGUUCAGUCAUUGAGAAAAAUGGGAAAUUACGUUAUGAAAUAGAUACUGGAGAAGAAACAAAACUUGUUAAUCCAGAAGAUGUUGCCAGACUGAUAUUCAGUAAAAUGAAAGAAACAGCACGUUCUGUCCUGGGCUCAGAUGCAAACGAUGUAGUUAUUACCGUCCCAUUUGAUUUUGGAGAAAAGCAAAAAUCUGCUCUGGGAGAAGCAGCUGGAGCCGCUGGAUUUAAUGUGUUGCGACUAAUACACGAGCCGUCUGCAGCUCUUCUUGCUUAUGGGAUUGGACAAGACUGCCCUACCGGGAAGAGCAAUGUUUUGGUAUUUAAGCUUGGAGGAACAUCCUUAUCCCUCAGUGUCAUGGAAGUCAACAGUGGGAUGUAUCGGGUUCUUUCAACAAGCAGCAGUGAUGACAUAGGGGGUGCACAUUUCACAGAAACCUUAGCCCAGUAUCUGGCUUCGGAGUUCCAGAGGUUGUUCAAACAUGAUGUGAGAAGAAAUGCCCGAGCCAUGAUGAAAUUGAUGAACAGUGCUGAAGUGGCCAAACAUUCUUUGUCAACCUUAGGAAGUGCCAAUUGUUUCGUAGAUUCAUUGUAUGAAGGCCAAGAUUUUGAUUGCAACGUGUCCAGAGCAAGGUUUGAGCUUCUUUGCUCUCCACUUUUCAACAAAUGUAUAGAAGCAGUCCGAGAACUCCUACGUCAGAGUGGAUUCACAGCGGAUGAUAUUAACAAGGUUGUACUGUGUGGUGGGUCUUCAAGAAUCCCAAGGCUGCAGCAGCUGAUUAAAGAUCUCUUCCCAGCUGUGGAGCUUCUCAACUCCAUCCCCCCAGAUGAGGUCAUCCCUAUUGGUGCAGCCAUAGAAGCCGGGAUUCUUGUUGGGAAAGAGAGUGCUUCAGUGGAUGACUCUCUCAUGAUAGAGUGUUCAGCCAAGGAUAUUUUAGUUAAGGGGGUCGAUGAAUCAGGUGCCAACAGAUUCACAGUACUGUUUCCAUCCGGGACUCCUCUGCCAGCCCGAAGACAACACACCCUACAAGCCCCUGGCAGUAUAUCUUCCGUUUGCCUUGAACUCUAUGAGUCUGAGGGGAAGAACUCUGCUAAAGAGGAGACCAAGUUUGCACAGGUUGUACUUCAGGAUUUAGAUAAAAAAGAAAACGGAUUACGUGAUAUAUUAGCUGUUCUUACUAUGAAAAGGGAUGGAUCUUUACAAGUGACAUGCACAGACCAAGAGACUGGAAAAUGUGAGGCCAUCACUGUUGAGGUUGCAUCAUAACUGUUUCAGAUAAACCAAGAGUUUUUUAGAACUAUAAUAUCAACACCAUUUGGUUUUGUGUAUAAGUGAUGUUUAUAAUAAAACACUUUUUCAAUGAA